AUGUCCCAAUGGAGUCAAGUUCAACAACUGGAAAUAAAGUUUUUGGAGCAGGUGGACCAGUUCUAUGAUGAUAACUUCCCCAUGGAAAUCAGGCACCUACUAGCACAAUGGAUAGAAAGCCAGGAUUGGGAGGCUGCAGCCAACAAUGAAGCAAUGGCAAUGAUCCUUUUACAGAAUUUGAUAAUUCAAGUGGAUGAACAGCUGGACCGAGUUUCACAGGAGAAGAACCUGCUCUUGAUACACAACCUGAAAAGAGUCAGGAAGCUGCUGCAGGGCAAAUAUCAUGGUAAUCCCAUGCAUAUAGCAGUGAUCAUCUCCAACUGCUUAAGAGAAGAAAGAAGAAUAUUGGCUGCAGCCAGCAUGCCUGUACAGGGGCCACUGGAAAAGUCUCUACAGAACUCAGUGGUUUCAGAACGCCAGAGAAAUGUAGAACACAAAGUAUCAGCCAUCAAGAACAGUGCUCAGAUGACUGACCAAGAUGUGAAGUACUUGGAAGACUUGCAAGAGGAAUUUGACUUCAGGUAUAAAACAAUACAGAGCUUAGAGCAGAAUGACAAAAACAGUGCCCUCAUUAAACAGGAAAUGUUGGCGUUGCAGGCAAUGCUCAAUACUUUAGACUACAAGAGAAAGGAAGUGCUCAGUAAAAUAGGGCGUGUGAUCCAUGAGAUCGAUGUGCUGAUGAGCAACAUGCUGACCGAGGAGCUGCUGGACUGGAAGCGGCGGCAGCAGAUCGCCUGCAUCGGGGGGCCCCUGCACGGGGGGCUCGACCAGCUCCAGAACUGCUUUACACUGUUGGCAGAGAGUCUCUUUCAAGUCAGAAGGCAACUAGAAAAGCUGGAUGAACUCUUGACCAGGCUGACUUAUGAUGGGGACCCCAUUCCUGUGCAAAGACCUCAGCUGCUGGAAAAAGUCAACUUUCUGCUCUACAACCUCUUCCGGAACUCCUUCGUGGUUGAAAGGCAGCCCUGCAUGCCAACACAUCCCCAGAGGCCAAUGGUUCUCAAAACUUUAAUACAGUUCACUGUUAAAUUAAGGUUGCUAAUUAAAUUGCCAGAGCUGAACUACCAGAUCAGAGUGAAAGCAACUAUUGACAAGAAUGUUUCAACUGUAAGCAACCGUAGAUUUGUUCUGUGUGGAACACACGUGAAAGCCAUGAACAUGGAUGAGUCUGCAAAUGGAAGCUUGUCAGUAGAAUUUCGGCAUUUGCAACCCAAAGAAAUGAAAACAAGUGCUGGAAGCAAAGGAAAUGAGGGCCCUCACAUGGUGACUGAGGAACUGCACUCCAUCAGCUUUGAAACACAGGUCUGCCUGUAUGGAUUGACCAUAAAUUUGGAAACCAGCUCCUUGCCUGUGGUGAUGAUUUCCAAUGUCAGCCAGCUGCCCAAUGCAUGGGCCUCUAUUAUUUGGUACAAUCUGUCAACCAACGACCCUCAGAAUUUGUCUUUCUUCAACAACCCCCCUACUGCCACUUUAAGCCAGCUCUUAGAAGUACUGAGCUGGCAAUUUUCAUCAUAUGUUGGUCGUGGACUCAAUUCUGAACAGCUCAACAUGCUGGCAGAGAAACUUACAGGACAGCAAGUCAGUUACAAUGAUUAUCAACUAUCCUGGGCAAAGUUCUGCAAGGAACAUUUGCCUGGGAAGUCUUUUACCUUUUGGGUCUGGCUGGAAGCAAUCCUGGACUUGAUUAAAAAACACAUUCUCCCUCUUUGGAUUGAUGGGUACAUAAUGGGAUUUGUAAGCAAAGAAAAGGAACGAAUUCUGCUGAAAGACAAGACACCAGGAACAUUUUUAUUAAGGUUCAGUGAGAGCAAUCUGGGUGGAAUUACCUUUACUUGGGUGGAUCAGCGAGAAAAUGGAGAUGUAACAUUUCAUUCGGUGGAACCCUACAACAAAGGUCGCUUAUCUGCCCUGCCUUUCGCCGACAUCCUGCGCGAUUACAAAGUCAUCAUGGCAGACAACGUUCCCGAAAACCCCCUGAAGUACCUGUAUCCGGAUAUCCCCAAAGACAAGGCCUUUGGCAAACACUACAGCUGCCAGCCAAACGAAGUCUCAAAGCCCUCGGAUGGAGGAGGGAAAGGUUAUGUUCCUUCUGUAUUUAUCCCAGUCUCAAAAAUCCUCAGUGACUCUACAGAACCACAUUCUCCAUCAGAUCUUCUUCCAAUGUCUCCAAGCGUUUAUGCUGUGCUGAGAGAACACCUGAGUCCCACAGCCAUUGAAACUGCUCUGAGCUCUCCUUACUCAACUGACUGAAGUGCACUUACUGGAAAAAUCUUGUGAACAUUGGAUGGGUUAAAGAAGUCAUAUUUUUUUCCUGUCAUCUCUGAAAGUCAGCUUUUCCUGGAAACCAUUAUGUUAUUCUUAGGCCUCUUUCUGUUAUCAAUAACAUAUUAACAAAGAAUUUUCUUCCUAGGGAUUCAAACAGCCUUUUGCAAGUCAGAUUUGC